AUUUGCGAAUCUGGCAUUUAAUUCUUGAUUCUAAACAGCUGAUCGAAAACACACGGGCAGGGAAAGUGAUUCACAGAGCCGCAAAGACAAGUCACCAUGACCUGCGCUUCUGGCGCUGUAAAUUCAUCUCUCCUGUAUGCUAAACCACAGCCGAGCACAUCUUCAACAGGACAUGCUCUCAUUUACACCCGACACAAACUCGAUCUACAGUCACAUUUCAUGCCAGCCUCUAGAUGGCAGUGGUACAUUUCAGGAUGACACAUCAAUACGAUGCUUAUUUGACAGAGAACUGCCAGACGGCUUCAUCUCCGCUUACGGCAGGAGUCUCUACAAUAAUGGACCAAAACGCAGAGGUGUUAGUAUGUGGCGCUUCAAUUAUGAAGGAUGUCUGGGAAAUCAGACUGAGGGAGCAUAGACAGAAAAGGCAGCUGGAAGAGGAGAGGAUACGGAAGAGCGCUCUGGAAAGAAUCAAUCAGGAUUGGAAGGCGCGCAUGUCCUCCAAGAUAAAACCCCCUAAAAGACUGGAGAGAAAAGCAAAGCUUCCUGAAGAAUCGACUCUUGAUGCACACAAGGCUAAAAAGACGCACCUUGGCAGGCCUCAAGGCUUCCAGAGCAAUCGGAUUCAAAGGCAGGUGGACUCGACGAAGACUACAAAAGCCAAUAAACUGGCCCUGUUACGUCAGCUCAAUGAAAGCUGCCCGGGGUUGAUGGUGUGGGCGAAGUCUUGGAAGUUUUCGCAACUUUUGCCGCAACCUGAAGAAAGUCCUUGUGCGUUCGACUGGGGGCAGUCAUGGAAGUUUCUCAAUUUUCAGCCAAGCACUGAUGGUAAACCAUGGUUUGAUCUUGGGUUUGAUGCCAACAACGAUAUGAGCUCCAAUGACAUGUUUCUAUGGGAGAAACUCAGCAAAGCUUUAGACUCCGAACACAUUAAACAAGACCUGGUCACUCCAGAAUGGGACAAUUCUUGGAUAUUCAGUCAGAAAAGAAAAGAGUGUCAUGAAAACAAAAAUAAAAGUGAUUGCAACAAAUUUUACAAUCGAAAUGAGGAAAUCGCAUCAGACUGGAACGAGUCCAGGAAGUCAACGAAGCCUGUAAAAGAAGUAGAUGUUAAAUAUGAUUUAAUUCAACCCACAGCUAAUGAGGAAAAACAACCAUGGAAUAAUUCUAUUAAAUCUAAAGCUACAGAUAAUUCAGCUUGGAGUGAAUCUUGGAGAGUUGCGAAAACCAUAUCAGAAAAGGAGACGAAAUCAAUCCAAUCUCAAGCGAUGGAGCCUGAGGAGCUGCAUCCCGACAUCUGCAACGUGAUAAUGAAUGUGUCUAGAGAGAUGAAGCACACAAUUCCACGGAGCUCUCAGUUCGGUGGGAGGGACGCACAGCUGUCUGAAUGGGAAAAGUCAUGGACGACCAUAAAAAAUCUGUCAGAGUAUAAAGAAGAGAUAAAUAAAGAGGUGGAAGUGAAGGUUGAGACAUUGAAACCAGACAAGCAACCAAUUGAACAUGUGAAAUUCAGUGUACUUGCUUUGCCAAAAAGCCAGAAGUGGCAAGAGAUGCUUAACUUCUCUGAGCAAAUAAACUGGAAGAAUUCUUGGAAGAUGACGAAACGUCAGCGUAGAGAAGAAAGAGCCUUGAGGAACCGGAGAAGUCCACCUUCACAAUUCUCACAAACUCUCACCGAAUGGGCCGAUUCUUGGAAGUUCACCAACUUAACUCUCAACCAAGAUGGCGGUUUAUGGCAGCAGGGUUGGUCUGCCAAUUCUCAACCCAGGCCUAUUAGAAGAGUGCGAGAAAAUGAAGAUAUCCCGCAUAAUGGACCAGCAGGGGUUCGCGCAUGGGCCGAGUCCUGGAGGUCAACGAGACGUCAGCAUCUUCUGGAAAGACAAGCGACAAGUGCAUCUACCCAGCCGGUAUGUCAACAUACAUAUGCACGAUCCGUAGCGGACUGGGAACAAUCGUGGAAGUCAUCAACUCAUCUGCGUCGUCAUGAUAGACCCUCCAUGACGGCAUGGACUGAUUCUUGGAGGUUCUCCAGCUUGGAGGAUCUCCAACGUGAGCAUGCAUGGUUUGAGAAAUCAAUGGAAAUCAAAGGCAGAAAGGAACUUUGCAGAGCAUCUAAUGCAUUUAGCAGAUCAUUUGAUUCUCAGACAUUCAAAGAAGACUUCUACAGAUUCACCCCAGAAUAA